UGUGGGAAUGGCGACAAUGGCGGCGGGGUCGAGUGUUUCUCUGCAGAGUGGCAGCCCUGCAACAGAACUAAGUCUGUCUGCACAACAAGCAGGUGGAGAUCGGGCCAAAACUGAAGAGGUAACAGAAACGGAGAAACAGAGUCGCAUGGCUGCUUUGCUGGAGAGGCUUCAUGCCAAGCACAACGCUUCGCGGCCAUGGCAGGAGACAUCCAAGGUUGUGCGUCAGGCUAUGGAGAAACGUGGUAUGAUAAAUGCUGCAGGUCAGCAGCUCUUGCUUACCUCCCUGGAAACCCUGCAGAGAGCUCUGAAAGUGUCUUCUCUGCCCUCAAUGACAGAUCGUCUAGAAUCUAUCGCUCAUCAAAACAUGUUGCGGUCCCAUCUCAGCCCAUCAGGAACAGAGUGUUACCUCACGUCAGACAUGUUCUAUGUGGAGGUGCAGUUGGACACUAGUGGCCAGCUCGUGGAAGUCAAGGUGGCACAUCAGGGUGAAAACCCUACGAGCUGUCCUGAGCUGAUUCAGCAUCUGAGAGAGAAGAAUUUUGAAGAGUUUUCCAAACAUUUGAAGGGACUAGUUGACCAUUACAAGCUCCCUGGAGACAAUAGGUUGAAAACCAAGAUGUAUAUAGCGCUGCAGUCUUUGGAGCUUGAUCUCACCAAGAUGAUGCACAUGUUUCGAUUAGCCACAAGUGCUAAUACAGUGGAGACCAUUCUUCAUGGUAGUGUGGGCCUGCUGACAGCCAGGAGUGGUGGCCACCUUGUUACUCUUCAGUGUUACGUGUCACCUUAUGACAUAUUUGAGGAGGGAACGGGUACACAGCUCAACCUAAUGGACAGUAAUGUGCCACGAUCACUUGGUGUUAGUGUGUGUGUGACGAUUGAGGGAACCUCAUCAGUAUACAAGCUUCCUAUUGCUCCGUUAAUCACUGGAUCUCACCCGGUGGAUAAUAAGGGCACGCCGUCGUUUUCCAAUGUGACAAACUCCAACUGUGUGGACCUGCCAGCAUGCUUUUUCCUCAAGCUUAAUCGUCCCAUGCCUUUCUCACUGUCUUUUAUUCAGAGGAUGGGCAAUGCUACAUCGAUUCCAGUGUUUGAGAGCCCCCCCGGCCUUUCUCCUCUCUACCAGUUAAUCGUCCAGAGUCAGCUCCAGGUCCUAGAGGAGGGCAGCUCCACACCACUGCCCUCACACAACAUGCACUUCUUCUCUAUAUUACCAGACCAGCAACACUGUUAUUUCCUGAAUGGCGACGCCCCAGUGCAAGAUGGGCAUGCUCUUCAAGGGGCACUAGUAUCCAAAAUCCCUUUCCGCCACCCAGCCCAGGUGCCGGCUCUGCUUGAUAUCAUCCGACACCAGGCAGCCUAUAACACCUUGAUUGGCAGCUGUGUGAAAUGGACCGCAAUCAAAGAAGACAGUGCAGGUCUCUUGCAGUUUGAAGUAUGUCCUCUCACUGACUCCAGCUUCAGUGUCUCCUUUCAGCAUCCUGUCAAUGAGUCAUUAGUCUGUGUGGUAAUGGAGGUGAUUGACUCAAGACAGGUGUCCUGCAAGUUGUAUAAAGGACUUUCAGAUGCUUUGAUCUGCACUGAUGAUUUCAUUACGAAAGUAGUCCAGAGAUGCAUGUCCAUCCCUGUGACCAUGAGGGCCAUUCGCAGGAAAGCUGAGACCAUUCAGGCGGACACACCGGCACUCUCGCUGAUUGCAGAGACCGUUGAGAUUAUGGUGAAGAACAAUCUGCCACCUUCUGGUAGUCCCAGUUACAACAUGGUGACAGGUGACGGGACUAAUCCUAUGGGCCUGCCAGGACUAACAGGAGGCAACACACCAACUGGGGGAGGACCUCCUGGGGGACUAAAUUUUACAGGGCCUAUCACCUCUUUGUUUGGAAUGACCCGUGGGCAAGCCCAGGGAGGAGAGUGCCUAGGUCAAAGCGGGGUGCCCGGACAGCAACAGUUGCAACAACAGCCUGGUCAGCCUCACUCAGAUGAUUACAGCAAAGUCACCCAGAAUCCUAUCCUGACAAGUCUGUUACAAAUAACUGGGAAUGUUGGUUCUAGUCCAAGCUCCCAGAAUGCACCACCACCCCACCAAACCCCACCUCCAACAUCCUCCCCUGCCAGCAACACCAAGAAUCAUCCCAUGCUGAUGAACUUGUUGAAAGAUAACCCCACCCAAGAUUUUGCAGCACUGUAUGGUUCCAGUCCAUUAGAAAGGCAGAAUUCCGCAUCUGGUUCACCACGCACAGAGGGUAUGGGUGGUAAUUGUUCUGGUGCUGGGACAAAAGGGAAGAAAAAACGCCCACGUGGGACAGAAAAAGGUGGCGUGCUACCUGGAGCUUGUAGUGGCAGCAUAGGCGUGAAAACACAGCAAAUGUCUUCCAUGCAGCAGCACCACCACCAACAUCAAGAGGACGAUUUCCAUCGUGAGCUCCUCUCUAUGGAUGUGGAUCCAUCUCAAAAUACUAUCUUUGAUGUCAACUUGCCCGGUGAUGGCUUAGACACACCGCAUAGCAUCACUCCAGCACCUAGCCAGUGUGGAACCCCACCCUCUGGGCCUAGCAUGCCUUAUUCACAAUCUCACGUCCAGCCUCAGCAACAACAAGGUACGCUGCACUCUCGAAUGGUUCGCCUUUCCAGCUCUGAUAGCAUUGGACCUGAUAUCACAGAAAUCUUAUUGGAUUUGCCUGAGCAGACGGGUAAAGGCAGCAGCGGCAGCCAUGGACAGCACCACAUGGGCAGUGGUGGAGAGGAUGUAGGUCCGUUGGGCACCCCUGUUCGUGAUUCCUCCAGCUCAGGUCAAGGCAGCGCAGUGUUUGAAUCGGCAGACCUUUUCAGCACCAACAGUAAUGAAAAUCCCUUCACAGACCCUGCUGAUCUCAUCGCUGAGGCAACUGCAGCUGCAGGCACUCCCACCAGUGACUCCUCUUCCACUAACUUUGUCCCUGAUCCAUCUGACUUCAACCCUGAUCUCCUCACCUCAGGCCACGGAUUCUCUCAGGCUUACUUUGAUGAUAGCUCUCCCAGUGCAGAUGGAGAUAUAGACCUGGUAAAGGGUUUUGUCAGCGGUAGCCAGCAAAACACACCAUCUGGAACACCACAAAAUCAAACUCCACAUGGACAGCACACACCAGAGACUUCACUGAAGGAUACUUUUGAUAUGGGAAUUGUUUUUGGAGGCAACAGUGGCGGGGGGAAGCCACUUUUGGGGCAACCUCCUGAUUUAGGAGACUCACACUCAUCCCAUGGAGGAGGGGGACAGAGCCCCCUCAUGAUCGGCAUAGGAUCAACAUGCAGUGAUUAUAAAAGUGCAGAAGCCAAAUUGAAACAACAGCAGCAGGGUCUCAUGCGGCCAAAGGAUGAGAAUGGGUGUGCCGGAGGGAACAGCUCUGGAAUGGGGAUGGGGAGCAGUUCAGCAGAAGGCAAACAGGUCAAACGUAGCAGGACUCCUUCCAGUGAGGGAAAGUCUAAAGAGAAACCCCCCAAACGCAAGAAGCAGGACACCGAUGGAAAGUCUCCUUCUCACAGUUCAGGAGGUCGACCAUAUACCCCUCCCGCUGGUGGCUCAAGCUCUGGAGGAAGUAUGAGUGGAGGAGGUUCUAAGUCUCCUGGAAGUUCAGGACGUUCACAAACUCCUCCUGGUGGUGCCACCCCUCCUAUUCCUAAAAUCACAAUUCAGAUCCCAAAAGGUACUAUAACUGGUGGGAAAACCUCAUCCCACAGUGGUUACACAUCUAGCAGCUCAGCUACAAGCGGCACAGGAGGAGCAGGUGGGACUGGCAGCAGUAAAAGCCACCAUUCUCACUCCUCCUCAUCUUCUGGGAAAAUUAAAACAAAAGAAGGUUCCAUGUCACAAGGUAACAACUCCAAACCAGGUAGUGUGGGAGUAGGAGUUGUAGGUGGACAAUCUCAGUCUAAAGGCUCUUCUCAGGGAAUGGGUGUUGGAAAACCAGGAUCAUCUCCCAUCACCAAACAUGGCCUCUCUGGGCCAGGAGGCAGUGGAGGUGGAAUCGGAAGUAGUAACAAAAUUAAAUCACAAGGGGGCAAGCCACCGGGGUCCCUUAUGAAUCCCAGCAUAAAGCCUAAUAUCUCCCCAUCUCACUCCCGUUCCAGUAGCUCUAGUGACAAAUUGUCCUCCCCGAUGAAAAUGCAGCAGUCCCAGGUUCCAGGAACCCCUCCAUCUUCCAAAGCUAAAUCCCCUAUGGGCUCAGGAAGUGGCAGUUCAGGGGGGCCCAAGUCAUCUUCUGGUGGCGGGAUCAACUCACAGAAGGCAAUGGGUGGGGGAUCAUCUUCUGGUUCUUCAUCGUCUUCUUCAUCAUCCUCCAGCUCUUCCUCAGGUUCCAUGACCUUCUCUGGUGCCUCACAAUCUCAAUAUGGGAGUGGAGGGGCCGGAGGAGGUGGUGGAGGUGGAGGGAGUGGUGGGGCAGCUGGUCAAAACAAUACAAACAAUCCCAAUGCCAAAGGCAAGUCUCCCAGUCGAAACAAAAAACCUUCUCUAACAGCGGUCAUAGAUAAACUGAAGAGUGUUGGUGGAGGAGGAGCGGGAGAGGAUGGUUGUGAGGUAGGACCACCAGGAGGGGGCAGUGGUUCUGCAUCUGGUGGUGGAUCUGGGAAUGUUCCUAACAGUGGAUCAUCAAAUAUGGGUCCUUCCAAGCAUCCUAUGUCCUCCCAGCGGGAAAAGUCAGAAAAGGAAUCAAAAUCCAAAGUGUCAGUGUCAGGGGGUAACAGUGGAGAUAAAAAGCUAAUUGAUACCAAAACAGGUGGGAUGGGUGGGUCUGGUCUCACGAAGAUUAUCAUCAGCAAACCCGAUGGUGGCUCACCUAGCAUCAAGGCUAAAGUUACCCUCCAGAAAACGGGGGAAGGAUCUGGAGAGUCCAUGCGUCCGCAGCUCUCGAGCCUCAAAGCUUCCCCCCUCUUCAGUGGAUCGACCCCCAAGCAUGACCGCUCCUCUCCGAGCCACAGCCGCUCACCGGGAUAUACCCCCCACAACCACGACAGCGGGAGCGAGUCAGGCAGCAGCUCCGUGGCUGAAAAGUCGCACCACAACAGUCCCAGUUCGGACGAUGAUCAGACCAUGCGGCCCCUGCCCCCCCAGGACUACAUGAGCUCCAUCCCCAUCAGCUCCGGGGAGAAACACAAGAAGCAUAAGAAAGAGAAGAAAAAGCUGAAAGAACGGGAGCGGGACAGAGACCGAGAGCGGGAUAGGGAAAAGGAUAAAAAGAAGUCAUCCAUGUCCAUGGGGCCGUCCUCACAUCCCAUAAAAGCGGACAGUUGGUCACGAUCACCCAUCUCAGCUUCUGACUCCUCUUUGGCCAUGAUGAGUUCAGAGCGUUCAUCUCGGCCCAGUCCAGUAUACGUGCGAAAGGAAGAUGAUGACCUAAUGGACUCCGCCCUCACUGGCAAGCUUUGAUUUCAAUCAGAGGUGGUGAAGAUUUUAUUUUCCUUAUAUCAUUUUAAUACAUGCUUUUUAACAUAACAGAUCAGGUAAAUGUGUAUCCGGGAAUACACUACACUAGUAUUGGACUUCCUUCUCCUUUUAACAUACGCAUUUUGUACUUAUUUAUUCAUCUUCAGCCACAAAGUUAACUGUUGCAUAUUGUGGCUGUGAGAAAUAAUGAACCAGAUUUGUUGGUUUUAAUUUCGUUUUCUUUACGUUGUGUGAGUGUUGAUGUGGAUUGGAAUGCUUGUUCGUUUUAAAUCAAACAUUUUGCUCGCUUCACUGUCAUCCAGUGCCCGCUUGAUCAUAACCUUCCUCCUCCGGUUUUAAUCUGUAUUUUUGGACAGACAUUUUGUCUUUUCCAUGAAGGAAUCAGUUAGUCAUGUUUUUUUUUGUUUUUUUUCUUUAAUGUAUUUCCCACUGUUAAUAAGUUGCUCUUAAAACCUAACAGAAUGCCACUAUAUGUUGUCA